CCUCUAUUAUUGAUUCCAACAAUUCUGCGGUGUAAUCUGAAAUACACACGCGCAAAAAAAAACCAAAACAAUUUAAUGGACCACGUUUUGCAAAUUGUGUGAUAACAAACAAGCAACAAUAAGAGCUGUGUAACGUUUUGCCAAGCAGCUGCCAACAGUUGUCAACGAGCUGUUUUUUGUUUAAAUUACAACGAGAGUAGAGGCCCCAACAACAACACUCACACACACACACACACAGGUACAAAAUGGUGGACGCUGCCAGACAAAUGCUCGAUGAGCUAAUGGGGCGCAAUCGAAAUUUGCAUCCUUCAGAGGCCGGGCAGGCGGUCAACUGGGAAGAUCCAGAGUUCUGUCAAUUCUACAAUGUGAAAUUCUGUCCGCACGAUCUGUUUAUCAACACGCGCGCCGAUCUGGGACCCUGUGUGCGCAUCCAUGACGAGGAGGCGAAACAUCUGUAUGAGGAGGCGCGACCCUCGCAACGCAAACGCCACACCGAGGAUGAGUUUCUACGCUUUUGCAAUGUGAUGCUGCACGAUGUGGAUCGCAAGAUCCAGAAGGGUAAACAGCGUUUGCAACUGAUGCAACGCGAUCAUCCGCCACCGCCGGCACAACAAGCAGCCAAAUUCGAGGAGCAGCUAAGCAAUUUGAAUGCACGAAUUCACAAAUUGUUGGCAGAGGCCGAGGAGGCGGGCAUACGUGGCGAUGUGGAUCAGGCCCAGGAUCUGAUGACCAUCUGUGAGGAGCUGAAGGAGGAGAAGGAAACGUUGCAGCAACAGUAUGAUGCGAGUGUGAAGCAAUUGCAUAAAUUGCGUCCCCAACAGCCGCCAGUUGCAAUCACGUCCGCCCCAGGCACGGAAACGCCAAGCGGGGACGAGGCUUUGGCCAGCAACAACACCACUCCAGCAUCAAUUACAUCAACAACAACAGCAGCCACUCCAGCUUCAAACAGUCACAACGAAACGGUCGUCAGCGAGAGCAUUGGCACGCCCAAACCGUCGGAGGAGUCCAGUAAAGAGACGACGGCGGCGACGGCAACGGCAGCAGCUCCAGAUUCUGCAGCAUCCACAGAUGCGGCCACGUCCUCCGAUGCUGACAAGUCAGAUGCUAAAACAGACGCGGGCAAAACGCCAGCGAAUUGGUCUCACGAGGUGCCCGAGAAACAGAUGAAAGUCUGUGAAAUCUGCGGCGCAUUUCUCAUUGUCGGCGAUGCGCAGCAACGCAUCGAGGAUCAUCUGAUGGGGAAACAGCAUUUGGGUUACUCCAAGUUGCGCAAUGCUGUGGCCGAAAUCAACGAGCGGCGGCAAAAGGAACGCGAGGAGGACGAGCGAAGGCGUCGCGAUGAUCGCGUUCAACGCUUUCACAAUAACUACGACAAUAGACGCGAUCAACGUGAACAUCGGGAACGCAGCCGUGACUAUGCGCCCAAUAACAGUCGACAGUCUUCGGAUCGCAGGCAUCAUCACCACAAGUCGCACCAUGGGCAUUCGUAUUCGCGUAGCGGGAGCCACAGCAGCGGCAGCAGCAGUCGUAGUCGGCAUAAUCAUUAUCGUCACGAUAGUCGGGAGCGACAUUGUCGCAGCCGCAGUCGCAGUCGUUACUAGAGGAAGAGGAUACCAAAAAAACAAAACACAAAACAAAACAAAAUGGAUAUAACGAAGAAGAAAACGAAAGGAGAAAAACAAAAUACUAAUUAAAGAAUAAAGUAAAGAGAUCUACAAGACAAAGAGUGGAACAAUGAAAGAGAAUGAAAGUUGAAAAAUUAUCAAAUGAAUUAAAGAAAAUGAUAAACACAACUACAACAACUGCACUACUAAGAACUACAACAACGACAACGCAACGAGGAGCACAACAGAACAUCACGCGCUCUCGCUCGCUCCCUCGCUAUCUGUCUCUCUCGCUCGCUAUCGGGUAAACGUCCAAAACGUCACGCGCUACCCCUGUCUCUGUCUCCAUGCAGCAUCGAGGUACUCCAAAACAAUAAUAAUAUAACACAUUUCAAUAAUACUAUAAAAAAAAAAAAAACAAAUUCAGACAGGCUUAAAAAUGUAGAAGGCACAUGUGGACACACACAUGUGAGCUUACCAAUAAAUCAAAUAUGCGAUUGGAGGAAUCGUCGUGACGGCAACCGAAGCGAGGCCCAAACAAAAAAAGAUGUGUGUGUGUGUUGAGAUGCGGAAAGAAUAUCUGCAGGUAACUUCUAUGCCCACAACACCCAGUAAUGUUUCUUCAAAACAGACGAAUACUGUGUCGACGUGUCCAGUAACGAGUAACGAGCAACAAGCAACGAGUAGCGAAUAGCGAGUAAGGAAUGACGGCGCGGCGCGUAGCGAGUGACAGGCUCACAUCGUAACGAUUACCACACUCAUGUUAACUGUAAUAACCGCAUGAGAUACGAGGUGAAUUUCAAUUGCUCUCCUUUUAUCUCUAUACAUAUACACACGCAUAUGUGGUACAUAUACAUAUACAUAUAUGUAUACUAUAUAUGCUUGUAUGCGUGUGUAUCUUAUCCUAUAUAUUGCUUCCUCUGCCUUUAUCUGUCUGUUUUCACGAAGACACAUCAACAUCGCAACAACAACAACAACAAUUGUUAUAUAUAUUUAUAUAUAUACUAUAUAUCUAUUUUAUUCAAUUGGCAUCGUAGUAUCUUUCACAAACACUAAACAUACACAAUGGACACGCAUUUUGUUUAUCGAUAUGUUUGUAUAUCGAUUUGCAGUGUGUCGAUGCGUCGAUUGCGCUUCUUUUUCUUUUGUUCUUUUCUUUUUUCUUGUUUAUUUAUUUUUUGUUCAUUGAUCUUCCGCGUUUGUGAAGGAUAACGCGUCGCACACCCGCCUUUCGUUAUGUAUUUAGUAAAAAUAUUUUAGUUUUAUUUUAAUUCGCAUACAACAGAAAAAAAACAUAAGUAAACAUACACGAAUAAAACAACAACUUAUUAACAACAACAACAACCAAGCAACCAACAAACAAACAACAAAUGUAGUCAUGUAAAGCAAGUUUUUAAUUAUUACAUAUAUAACCUACAUUUACAAUUAAUAAUAAUAAUAAUAUUAAUAACAUUCAAUUUGAGACUCGCAAUAAUUUUCUAAUAAAAAAAACCAAACGCAUAAAACGAAUGAAAACAACAAUUUUAAAAGAUAAAAGCCAUUUGCAAAAUUUGCAAA